AUGGGGACAACAUUAAACUUAGUGCCGGUGAAUCAUAACCGCACUGGUCUCGAAUUUCCGUGUUUAGGUGGAGGAAUGGCGGUUGCGGAGGGGGUGGCGAAGUUGCUGUACAUAGUGGUGGUGGAAGAUGAUGCGGCGGCGGAGGAUUCCUCGUCGUUUCGGUACACGCGUUCUGUUUUGCAGAGCACUCUGCAACUCAUGGGUUGCAAAGCUCGUCAUGCGUUUAAGAUCAGCCAAAGGGUAUUUGAAGUGAUGAGGAGUGGAUGCUUCGUGGAUAAGCUUAUUUCAUCUUGUCUAGACGCGUUACAACAGAAUGCUAAAGUAUAUCCUCAAAGGGAGACCGAUUUUAUAGGUGAUUCCUGUGUGGAUAAAAUGGAUGCUAAUGAACAUUUGUCUUCAGAGGUAGAUAAAAGCAAGAGUAAACCCUUUGAAUUGUACAAAAGACGCACAACCGUGGUGGUUAGAAGAAAAACUUUUCUAGACGUUGUUUGCGAAGCUCUUGCUGAUUACAAGUAUGUUGGCCCGAAUCAGAGGGCUGAUUUGGUUUUAGCUUGCAGAAUCCGAGAAAGAAAGGAAUCUGUUACAGUGCUAUUGUGUGGUACUAGCGGCUGUGGUAAAUCUACCUUGUCUGCUUUACUGGGUAGCAGGUUGGGCAUUACAACUGUUAUAUCUACGGAUUCAAUUCGGCACAUGAUGAGAAGCUUUGUAGAUGAAAAACAGAAUCCUCUACUAUGGUCCUCGACAUACCAUGCUGGGGAAUAUUUGGAUCCUGUAGCUGUUGCAGAAGCCAAGGCCAAAAGGAAAGCAAAGAAACUAGCUGGCGUUUCGCACCCCUCACUAGCUAAGGAUGAUGCAUCAAUUGGUUCCACAGUCGGAAAACCAGCAUUUGAUGGAAGUUCCAUGACAAGUGAUUUGAUCAGUCCCAAACAGAUGGCAGUUGAAGGAUUUAAGGCACAAAGUGAGAUGGUAAUCGACAGUCUCGAUCGGUUAAUUACUGCAUGGGAGAAAAGGAAAGAGUCAGUGGUGGUUGAGGGCGUUCACUUAAGUCUCAAUUUUGUGAUGGGACUCAUGAAGAAACAUCCUUCAAUUAUACCUUUCAUGAUUUACAUUUCAAAUGAGGAGAAACACUUGGAAAGAUUCGCAGUCCGUGCAAAGUACAUGACACUAGAUCCUGCUAAAAACAAAUACGUUAAAUAUAUACGGAACAUUCGAACAAUCCAAGAAUAUCUUUGCAACCGUGCCGAUAAGCAUUUGGUGCCAAAGAUAAACAACACAAAUGUUGACAAAAGUGUGGCAGCCAUUCAUGCAACAGUUUUUAGUUGCCUAAGAAGGCGUGAAGCUGGAGAGCAGCUUUAUGAUCCAACCACAAACACAGUUUCUGUUGUUGACGAGGAGUACAGGAAUCAGUGCACUGCCAAUUCCUUGAGCUCCAAGGGAAUGUUUCAGUUGAUCCAAAGGCAAGGUUCUUCUAGGCAUUUGAUGGCACUUUUGAAUAAUGACGGAUCUGUGGCUAAGGCAUGGCCAGUUGACAUGAUAGAUGAUAAUGGCAAGCCUAUUGUGGGCUGUUCAAUUGAGAAUGGAAUAGGAACACCUAUGUAUGGACCAUUGUUGAUAGGUAAAGCCGAACCUGUCAACCUGCAGUUUGGUCAUUUUGGGAUCAGUGCUUGGCCUAGUGAUACCGGGGGCACUAGUCAUGCCAGUAGUGUUGAUGAAUCACGGGGUGACCUCACUGACAAUGGUAGCAGAUACUAUUCUUCCUGCUGCAGCUCACCAAGGACGGAUGGCCCUGCCAAGGAGCUUAAGGAGGAAUUGUCCUUCCAUGGUAGUGAUGAAGAGGUUGAUGAGCCACCAGAGAUAGACAGUGAUGAGGAUCUUAGCGACGGACAAAAACAAAAUGAAGACGAGCUGGAAGGCUCUGUGGACGAAGAAUCCACGAAGUCGGACGAGGAGUAUGAUGACCUUGCCAUGCAGGAUGGCGCAGAAAGUGGUUACCUGUCUGAUGAUGAUAAAUCCAUCUAUAAAAUGGAGUUCAGUAGUGCAAGGUUACCUCUCUUAGGAGACCAAUCUGCUCACAACGGCAAUGAUGGAGCGAAGCAUGGUCAAAAUCUCGACAUCGUCACGAGAACAAAAACAGAACCUGUAUCAGAAUUGCCAGCAGUGGACUUUGCAUCUCGCCUUAGAGAAAAAUCUGAAAGGAGAGUACCCCUUUCUUGCAAUAUAAAAUUAAGAAAACAGUCUCAGAGUAUUCCACCUUCUGGGAAGCAUUCAUCGAUAAUUAAUUUCCUGGCCGUCGAAGAACCACUGCCGAGGUAG